CGAUUAACAUCUCCUAGGAUCGUUCGAAGGCAACGACCUUGCUGAAACGGCUCUUCGGGGGCCUCUUCGCUUCUCGGGCCUGGGCUACGAGCGACGCACUAAUCAAGCGCUAUCGCACCCAUCGGCGAGCAUCGGUUUUUGCUAGCUUUUGCGCAGAAGCUUGGAAGCUGCGUAGACGUGCUGAGGGUGCCGACGAGUGUGGUUGGUGUUUUUUUUUGUGAAGAAAAAGAUCGGAAACAAAGGAGAAAAGCAGUUUUAUUUGUUUGUAGGGAAGGAUUCUAGGAAAGAAAAUGCGUGCGAUUUGUGUGCUUCUUUGUUUGUUUGUAACGAUUCUUCCUGUUGCUAUUGGAGCUCCAAUAGGCGACGAUCUAGUUAGCUACGAGAACGUGCAUACCGAUAAUGGAUAUCGGUUCUCCUACGAAACAAAGGAUGGACAGGCACGGGAAGAGGUCGGUACGAUCGACCCGAGCACGGGGGUGCUGACGGUGACGGGUUGGUACAGCUACCGCACGCCAGAUGGCGCCACGCAGCGUGUUGAUUUUGUUGCGGAUGAAAAUGGCUAUCGAAUCGUUGACCAACCGCCAAACGUUGUGGCACAAUUCAUACCGAUGGUUGUUGCUGGUUCACCUAUCGAUAAGACGGUGUUGCUAUCGCUUGUCGGAUAGGGAAUUACUUUUCUUGGAACGUUGCAGGAAAAACAAUUAAUUUUUAAUAGCAAUAUGUUACAACACAGAAGCUAACAAUUGUCAAACAAUAGAUAGAAAUAAGUAAUAGUUCGCUUUAAAUAGAUUAUCAAAGAGGCUGAAGCUAGGGUUGUUUUCGAUAAGAAGUUAUGAUAUCAGCUUAUCAUAUGGAUAAUUAUUCAUAAUAUUUAAUACGCAUGACAUCACAAAUGUGUGAAUAAAUUUAAUUAAAAAAAAUAUCAAGACCCUCUUAACGGAUAUUUUGAAAGGUUCGUCGCUUGUUUCCGUCAGGAGUCUUUUGAUUAUAGUUUUGAAAUAGUGGCAGUAGUUUUGCAUGACCUAGUCUGGAAGUUUCAUGAAUUAUUCAAUAAUUUAACAUUUGUGUUUUCUUCUAUCCAUUUCAAAAAUGAUAUAAUUACAGAAACUCUUCUUAAGCUGCUUAAUACGAUUAGCAAUACCAUAAGGCUAUUAUUCAAAAUUUGAGGAUAGCAAAAACGAAGAACGUUGCAAAAAAAGGGGGAACGACCAACAUUAAGCAACCUGUCCCUCUCAGUAGCAAUAACGAUCAUCGUGCAAUUGAGCGUUACCUCGCGAGAUCGUCUGCCGGGAUCAUUGAAACGUACCCACCGAACCUCUCUUAAGAUUGGUCCGAAGGUAAUGACCUUUCUGGCAUGGCUUGGGGGAUCUUCGCGUCUCGCCUGGGACGCAUUAAUCAUUUGUGAAUCUGACCCCUCGGUGGGCAUCAGUUUCGCUAGAUUUUGCAAAAGCUUUGAAGCUGUGUAGACGUGUGAAAGGUGCUGACGAGUGUGGUUUAUGUUAGCGCAGUGCGAAAUUUGUGAGUGAUAUUAGAAGAGUUUGGGAGCUUGCUUAUACUGCACAGGAAGGAUUCUAGUGAAGAAAAUGCGUGUGAUUUAUGUGUUUCUUAUCGUGUGUGCCACGUUAACUUCUUUUAUAAUUGGAGCUCCAAUAGGUGACGAUCUAGUCAGCUACGAAAACGUGCAAAUCGAGGAUGGAUAUCGUUUCUCCUACGAAACAAAGGAUGGACAGGCACGGGAAGAGGUCGGUACGAUCGACCCAAGCACGGGCGUGUUGCGCGUGACGGGUUGGUACAGCUACUACACACCAGAUGGCGUUAUGCAUCGUGUUGAUUUUGUUGCGGAUGAAAAUGGCUAUCGAGUCGAAAGCAAACCGUCGUCCGUUGAGGAAGAAUUCACACCAAACGUUGAAGCUGGUCCUAUCGAUAGGACGGUGCUGCUAUCACUUGUUGGAUAGGGAUAUCUUAUAAUCUGAAUUUAAUUGAAACAUUGCUACAAAUGCUAUUGAUAUUAUCAACGACAGGCAACAUCUGCAACGAAAAUGCUAUUAGCUCAGUAUGAUAAAAAAGCGUCAAAAAUGCAUUA